AUGCUUCUUCAACCUCUAGGAGAUCGUUCGUACGGUUGGCUCUAUUCUCUGGGUAACCUCAGGGGCCACGACUGGGAGAACCCCCACGCUGCCAUGGUAGUGGGCUUUGAACGCUGCACUCGAGCCGAGUUUCCUGAACUCAAACUCCAAAUUCUCGAUGUCGAGCUGCCCGAUGCAGUCGACCCCUCGAUACUUGCCACAAAUCUCCUGCUUGCUAGCCAGGACCGGCCCGAGUUGGAAGAGGUGUUGGGACGCAAGAGCCAGAGAAAAAGCUGCAAGAGGCGCCAGGGCACUCGAGGUGGUCACGCAAUCUGCUACUGUUCGAGAGGCGGGACGGCCAUCGUUGUGGACGAACAACGGAACAUCGUUCAGACUCAAGCCUAUUACCAAAGGACUACGAGCAGGCACCAAGUCUCCUUAGAGUCCUCAGCUUCCUCUCUUUGCGCACUGAGCUGUCGAGAUGGUGAAGACAUGCAUCUUGUCAUUGGUCGUGAUACUUCAUCUGCUUGGAGCAGCCCGGGGGGCGAGAGUUCCUUGCUGAAGUUGGUUCGUGCCUCGUUGCCAAACGUCAAGAUUUUGCGCCAAAGUCUUGUUGCAGCGAGUCGCGAUGGAAUCACGCUUGGAUUCAGUCGUGCCAAGCUUGACCAAUUGAUCAAGAGCCACACUGGCAGUGAUGGUCUCCAGCAAGCAUCCUUUGAUCAUGUUCGCAAAACUAAUUCAAGAACCCGAAUUCUGCCAUCAAACGUUAUCAAUUGGAAUAUCACAGAGAAGAUAACCGCCAGGGUCCUGCCCCCACAGCAUGACGGUCCCUUUUCAUCGGCCAAGACCUACGUCCUUUUUGGCCCCAGUGGUGAUGUCGACAUCUCUAUUUGUAACUGGAUGGUUUCUCAUGGUGUUCGAAAUGUCGUCCUCGCCAGCUGGUGCCCCAACGCCCGUUCAGUCAUCGAAUUCAUACCCCGCAAAGAGGCCACCGUCUACACCAUGGCUGUGGAUAUUGGCGACCGCAAGGAGAAGAAAUACGAGCUGGACUUCUUCACUCUCUUCUCCUCGGCCUUGGCUGUAGCAGGCAACGCGGGACAGACAGCCUACGCUGCGGCCAACUUAUUCAUAGAAAGGAAUCUGCGUGAACGACGACACCAGGGACUCGCAGCUUCGAUUGUGCACAUCAGUCACCUGGCGGGCCUGGGCUACGUCCAUAGGCACGACUGUCGGUCCGACAUCGAGACUGCGCUGCACCAGAGCAUGGACGCCCUCUCCGAGACGGAUCUGCACGACCUGCUCGCUGAAGCUAUCAUGGGACGCCAACCCCGGCUCAGGCGGCCCUACUGA